AAUAAUCACCUGUAUGUCACGUAAAACGACUAUCGCAAUGAGCGAUUGCGAAUAACAUUGCUCUUCUCAAAAUCACUAUCAAACACGCCCAUAGUCUACUGCACUAGAAGCUGAUAACAGGGUCAGGUCGAGUUUCAGCAGAAAACUGAAAUGUCAGCAUUUUGUAACUGAAAUGUCAGUAUUUUGUAGAGCAUCAAGUCCUCUUAGAAAAUGUAUUAAUUUCACCAAACCAACACUUUUCAGCCGUGUUUACACUUUCAUUUCUCGACUACACUAUAUCAAGGUCCGACAUGAUCAUCGUCUAUUCAGUUUGUACCACUCGGUGACUCAAAUUCAAAGAACUCCGGGGUUCUCGCUGCCCAGAUUGGAUUAUACAAUCAAACAAGAUGUAGCCAAGACAAAUUGGAUGAUCACUAAGUUAUGUAAGGAGGGUCGAAUUUCUGAAGCACGUAAGUUAUUUGAUGAAAUGCCUGACCCAGAUGUGAUUUCAUGGACCGCUUUAAUUUCGGGUUACAUAAAGUGUGGGGCGUUGAAAGAGGCCAGAGAACUGUUUGAUAGAGUUGACGCCAAGAAAAAUGUGGUCACGUGGACAGCUAUGAUUUCGGGGUAUGUUAAAAUGAAGAGAAUUUUUGAGGCUGAGAGGCUUUUUGAAGAAAUGCCAGAGAAGAAUGUGGUUUCUUGGAACACCAUGAUUGAUGGGUAUGUGCAAAGUGAUAGAAUAGAAAAGGCCUUGGGGUUGUUCGAAAGGAUGGACGAGAGGAAUGUGGUCUCUUGGAACACACUGAUUGCAGGGUUGGUAAAUUAUGGGAGGAUGAAGGAUGCAAAGGACCUUUUUGAUCGAAUGCCUCAAAGGGACGUAAUUUCUUGGACUAUUAUGAUUUCAGGAUUGGCUAGGGAAGGUAGAGUUGAAGAGGCUAGAAUGCUUUUUGAUACCAUGCUAGAGAGGAAUGUGGUUUCUUGGAACGCAAUGAUUACUGGGUACACCCAAAAUAUGAGGUUAGAUGAAGCAUUCGAUUUGUUUAAGAGAAUGCCAGAGAAGGAUGUGCCAUCUUGGAAUACAAUGAUUGCGGGAUUUAUUCAAAACAAGGAUUUAGAGAGGGCGAGGAAGUUAUUUAAUGAGAUGCCAAGGAAGAAUGUUGUUUCUUGGACUGCAAUGAUAAAUGGAUACGUGCAAGACGGACAAAGCGAAGAGGCAUUGAGAACAUUCUUUCAUAUGAAGAAGGAUAGCAGAGUGAAUCCUAAUGAAGCCACUUUUGUGAGCGUUUUGGGUGCUUGUAGUGACUUAGCAGGUCUUGGCGAGGGAAAGCAAGUCCACCAAGUAAUUAGCAAGGCAGUCUAUCAGGAGAGCGAAUUUGUGAUAUCUGCAUUGAUAAAUAUGUAUUCGAAAUGUGGAGAGCUGAUGAUGGCUAGAAAUAUGUUUGAGGAUGGGUUGAAAGGGAAGAGGGAUUUGGUCUCUUGGAAUACUAUGAUUGCAGCAUACUCUCACCACGGAUGUGGAAGAGAGGCAAUCACGGUGUUCAAAGAAAUGCAUAAUAUUGGGAUCAAACCAAAUGAUGCUACCUAUGUUGGAUUGCUUUCUGCUUGCAGCCAUGCUGGUCUGGUGGAGCAAGGGUUGGAGUACUUCGAUACGCUUUUGAGAGACGAGUGCAUAGAAGUGAGAGACGAUCAUUAUACAUGCCUUGUUGAUCUCUGUGGUAGAGCAGGAAGGCUCAAAGAGGCAUAUGAUCUUGUAGAACAGCUCCCAAACAAAGUAUCAGCAGGUGUUUGGGGGGCUCUUCUUGCGGGAUGCAACAUUCAUGGGGAUGAGGAUGUAGGAAAACUUGCAGCAAUCAAACUUUUGGAUAUGGAGCCAGAAAAUGCAGGCACUUAUAUGCUUUUGUCUAAUAUAUAUGCUUCCAGCGGGAAAUGGCAAGAGGCAGCAUUCCAGAGAUUGAAGAUGAAGGAGAAAAGGUUGAAAAAACAGCCAGGUUGCAGUUGGAUUGAAGUUGGGAACAGAUUUCAUGUUUUUCUUGUUGGUGAUAAAUCUCAUACAGAGAGCAAGAUCAUGCGUCUCUUACUUUUAAAUCUUCAUAAGAAAAUGAAGAAGAUGGGUUCUAUACCAUUGCACGAUCUGACAAUGGAAGAUGGUUAUUUAGCACUUUAAGUAUAUUUUUGAUGCCUCCCGCCAGUGUGAUGAUGGUGUUUAUGCCAAAAAAGAUUCUGGUGCUCAGAAAAGAUGAAUUGAGUUGCAGUGAUGAUUAAUCCUGAGUGUUUUGAGUAUGGAGAUUGAGGCUUCAUGUAUGUGUGCUGAAGACACUGGGCUCAGAUAAUCAUUUCCCUUCUCUGAUCAUAAAGAGACGAUGAUUUAUUGCCAUUGGUGAUGGAUUGCCGGAAGUUUACCACUGAUGAGACCAAACUACUCAAAAUUGGAGGCGAAGAUGCAGGGUAUUAUAGCUUUUUUCUCUGUGAAUUAUGCUAUUUGUAUACCGGCCCUCACCACCGGGGGAGGGGGCAAUAAUUAAAAAAAAAAAA